GCAUCUGUCGGCUGCCGCGUGGAAAUGGGGCAGCACCAGCAUGUAUAAAGCCCCUUGUCCGGCCAUCGCUCGUUCCCACACAUCUCUGCUCUGCAAGCAAAACAUUCUUUCUCCCCUCGUAUAUUCACACCUUUUUUCUACUAGCACACUUUUUCCACCCACGAUGGCUGACGUUGAGAAGUACUUUGACCUGGUCAACCAGGACCAGCAGGCGUUCAUCGAGACUCUGCGCGAGGUUGUGGCGAUUCCGUCGGUCAGCGGCGACGCCGCUCGCCGUCCCGACGUGGUGCGCAUGGGCGAGUGGCUGCAGGCACGCUGGGAGGCUCUGGGUGCGACAUGCAAGCGCGUCGACCCGGGCAAGCAGAACCUGCACGGCGAGAUCCUGGAUCUGCCGCCGGUCAUCCUGGGCCAGUACGGCAACGACCCGAACAAGAAGACCGUGCUGGUGUAUGGCCACUAUGAUGUGCAGCCGGCGCUGAUCGAGGACGGCUGGGAGACUGACCCGUUUGUGCUGGUUGAGAAGGAGGACGGCCGCCUGGUGGGCCGCGGCUCGACCGACGAUAAGGGCCCAGUGCUCGGCUGGCUGCUGUGCGCUGAGACGCACAAGAAGGCCGGCAUUGAAAUGCCCGUCAACCUGAAGUUCUGCUUCGAGGGCAUGGAGGAGAGCGGCAGCGAGGGCCUGGAUGAGAUCAUUGUCGAGGAGGCCGACAAGUGGUUCAAGGGCACCGACGUCGUGUGCAUCAGCGACAACUACUGGCUGGGCAAGAACAAGCCGUGCCUGACCCACGGCCUGCGCGGCGUCAGCUACUUCCACCUGCAGGUUGAGGGCCCCGGCGCCGACCUGCACUCGGGCGUUUUCGGCGGAACCGUCCACGAGCCCAUGACCGACCUGGUCCACCUGCUGUCAAAGCUGGUCGACGUCAACGGCAAGAUCCAGGUCCCGGGUAUCUACGACCAGGUUAUGCCCAUCACCGACGAGGAGGAGGAAACCUACAACAACCUCGAGUUUUCGCACACUGCGCUCGCCAGCGAUCUCAAGAAUGAUGUGCUCAUCCAUGCCGAGGAGCGGGACACCCUCAAGCACCGCUGGCGCUUCCCCACCCUGUCCAUCCACGGUGUCGAGGGCGCCUUCUAUGCGUCCGGCGACAAGACCGUCAUUCCUGCCAAGGUCCGCGGCAAGUUCUCACUGCGCACCGUGCCUAACAUGGAGCCGGCCAAGGUCGCUGAGCUGGUCACAAAGUACCUGAACGACGAGUUUGCCAAGCUGGGCAGCAAGAACAAGAUGCAGGUCAUCGAGACCCACGGCGGCCGCUGGUGGUACUCGUCGCCCAAGCACCCGAACUUUGUCGCCGGUGCCAAGGCCACCGAGAAGGUCUAUGGCGUCAAGCCCGACCUGACCCGCGAGGGCGGCUCCAUCCCCGUCACCCUGACUUUUGAGGAGAACCUCAAUGUCAAUGUGCUGCUGCUGCCCAUGGGCGCCAGCGACGACGGCGCUCACUCUAUCAACGAGAAGAUUGACAAGCGCAACUACAUUGAGGGCAUCAAGCUGCUCGGUGCUUACCUCCAUGAGGUCGCCAACACGGACCUCAGCGCCUAAACCACAUCUCUUUCUACAAAGUGAAUACCUCUUCACUCCUCUUCUCUAUUUCAUAAAAUGUUAUAGUCCAAAACUGUCCAACCGUCCGCUAGAGUGUUUUUAUUGACUGGAAGGACCUAUACUCCUCCAAGUCUCACAGCGAGUAUGCCUGGCUUGCUCUGUGGUCUCCUAAAGUGACGAUACUCUCUUUUCGCCUAUGGAUUCAGACCUGAAGAUGACGAAUAUGUAUCUUAAAAGUACUGGUAAAAUCGAACUUGGAACCAUAUAUCAAAGCGCCGUUCGUCGUAGCUCCUUCAUAUUUCGUAGAUGCAGUAAUGUAAUAAGCAACCC